CACUCGUCAUUGCCCAGUCGUGACAAACAACCUCUGAGCACUCAAAAUGCGCUCUCUUGCGGCUUCGCUCUGUGCUUUCGUGGCAUUUAGUAUCGUUUGCUGCGAUGUCCAAGAACGCGGUCAUACCUACGUGACCAGAAAUGUGACUGUCCGAGAUGGUGCCUGUGUCUUUGAACGCAACGUUAUCCGGGAUGGUGAAACUAAGGCGCUCAACAGCCCCUGCGUCAUUUCCACCUGUUACGCUGCUGCCCGAGAAGUGAAUUCAACUCUCUGCCCGAACUUCGGAGUCGCCGAGGGCUGCAGGGUGGAGUGGACCCCCGACGGAGAAUAUCCCAACUGCUGCCCGAAGCACGUGUGUCCCACCAGCUCCUAAAUGGCCUCGAAUCUGCAGAAACACUGAAACAUGCCUUUAUCAAUUGAAUGACACAAUCGCCAAAGUGGGACUCGUUUAAUUGUUACAAAAGCAUGCCAGAAGGAGACUCGCCUGAUGUUGAAUGUGCGCCGAAAUAAACUCCUAUAAAUAAGU